GCCAAUCAUGUGUCAGGGUUCCAGUCACGUGACACGGGUCUCGGAUCGGAGGCAAAGCGGCAAACUUGCGCUACACGCCUCCGGCCAGCGGUACUAACAUGGCCAUUAUCAUAACGGCCCAGACGGCAUUUUGAGGGGUACAUUGGCGAAGCAAGAUGAAGACGAAGAAGAAACAGAGCGAGACGGAGGGAGUGACACUCAACAGUUUUGCUCAAGAUGCCCCACCAACCGGGAGCUCCGAGAAUGGAUAUGUUUUCCAGGAAAUGGCACUGAAGGAUGGAGAGCAAGAAGAGGAUUAUGGGAAGAAUUCGGCCGAAAGCAUCUAUGACAGCCAGAACGAACUCAGCGGGCCAGAAGGAGAAGGGCCAGGGUUUGGUCUUCUUAACACAACAAGGAAGUACGUGAAGCCGAUGGACUUCCACGAGGAGGUCCGGCCCCACAGAGACCUGGACGCCUUCCUGGUGGAGGCGAGCAUUCUCCUGGACGAGGACGCCGCCACGCUGGACGAGGUCCUGAGGCGCAUGUUGAGCAGUGUGGCAGAGGACACCCGUGAUGGGGGCUGUGACGUGGACCAGGUCAUGGGCUCGCUGUUCACAGACAAGGGCAGGAGGGAGCUGAACGUCCAUCUUCUGUCAGAGACCAUUCAGGGGGUGACUUCCACGGCCACUGGCAUUCAUUAUCAGCAGUCCUGGCUCUGUAUUCUCUGCAAGGUGAAGAGCCUGCAGAAACGCCAUGUCUGCAUCGCACGUCUGGAGAGGCCGCAGAACUGGGGGGUCAACUGCUGCGAGGCGCGCUACGUCGUCCUCAUCCUGGCCCCGCACAGAACAAAAAGCACAAAGUCCGCCAUUGAACUGGGAAGAACAUUCGCAACCAUGUUCUCAGACAUUUCCUUCAGACAGAAACUUCUAGAGACCAAGACCCGGGAGGAGUUCAAGCAAGAACUGGUCCGCCAGCGACAGCAGCUGUCCAUGGUCAGGGUGAAUCCCGUAGUCGAGGACGUGGAUGACUCCGAUCCACGGAAAGGCAAAGCACUUAAGUGGAAGGAGUUCUUCAAAGCCGGUAAAGGUGUUUACGACGACCUCCGCCGCCGCCUGCCCCUCUACCCUUCGGACUACACGGACGGUAUCAUCGGGAAAGACCGCUGUCUGCUCAAGUACACGACCACCGCCAUUUUCCUCUACAUCGCCAUCCUGCUGCCCGCCAUCGCAUUCGGCUCUCUGAACGACGAAAGCACGCGAGGGGAGAUAGAUGUUCAGAAGACCAUUGUCGGCCAGAGCAUCGGCGGUGUGAUCUACGCCUUAUUCGCCGGCUCCCCGCUUGUCAUUCCGUUGACCACCGCGCCGCUCGCCAUCUUCAUUAGCGUGAUCCGAGGCAUCUGCGACGACUACGCCCUCGACUUUGACGCGUUCUACGCCUGCAUCGGUCUGUGGAACAGUUUGUUCCUCAUCCUGGGAGGUUUUUUCAACGUCAGCCUGGUGAUGAAGCUCUUCAAACGCUCCACAGAGGAAGUCAUCGCCUUGUUCAUCUCCGUGGCGUUUGUUGGCGAUGCGGUGAAGGGCACGGUUAAAAUUUUUCAACACUUCUUCCACGAACCCUCCCUGGCGACCGCAAACGGCACGCUGGUGCUUCACGAGAUAAACCAGGUUCUCGAAAGGCUGAAGAACGUGACGGAGGCCCGUCCCGACGCACACGCUGGAGGUCACGCCUCGGCCUUCCUGCCCAAGUCUCUGGUGCUGUGCUCCAGAGAGAUCCCCAUCCUGUGCCUGCUCCUCAUGCUGGGAACCUUGUGGCUGGGGUACACCCUCUACCUCAUCAAAAGGAGCCCGUACCUGAACAACAGAAUCCGAGAAGUGGUAUCUGACUGCGCUCUGCCUAUCUCCGUGGUGAUCUGCUCCUUCAUCGGCUCCUACCUCUUCCUGGAUAUACAGCUUCCUGUGUUCAGCGUCCACAACGGGCCCAUCUUCAAAUACCCUCCCUUCGACAAGCUGUCAGGACUGAACACCCUGAGCGCCGUGGGCCUCGGCUUCCUCCUCGCUCUGCUCAUCUUUAUAGACCAGAACAUCGUCAUUUCACUCACACACGUGCCGGAACACAAGCUGCUCAAGGGCACGGCAUUCCACUGGGACUUGGUGCUGACGGGCCUCAUCAACAUCCUCAUGUCCUGUCUGGGGUUGCCAUGGAUGCACGCCGCCUUCCCGCAUUCCUCGCUGCACGCCCGCCAGCUGGCCAAAGUGGAGCAGCACGUGGAGGACGGCCACGUCUACACCACUAUCGUCAGCGUGAAGGAGACACGCCUGACCUCGCUGGCCGCCAACAUCCUGAUCGGCCUGUCUGCCUUCAUGCUGCCCAUUCCUCUGCAGUGGAUACCCAAGCCCGUUCUCUACGGGCUCUUUCUCUACAUCGCCGCCACGUCGCUGGACGGGAACCAGAUGGUGGACCGCAUGGCCCUGCUGCUGAAGGAACAGACCGCCUAUCCCCCGACCCACUACAUCCGCCGUGUGCCCCAGAGGAAGGUCCACUACUUCACGGGGCUGCAGAUGAUCCAGCUGGUCAUCCUGUGUGCCUUUGGCAUGUACCCCCUGCCCUACAUGAAGAUGGUCUUCCCCCUCCUGAUGAUCCUGCUCGUCCCGAUCAGGUGAGGACACCUUUACAGC